AUGGGAACAUUCAUUGGGACAAGUCGCAGACAAUAUAUAGCAAAGGAAACAUGCAAUAUUACCAUGGCUGAUGCACCUUUGUACAUGAGCGCACGCAUUUCCCCGAUUUCCCUGAAGUAUUAUGGAUUUUGUCUGAAAAAAGACAAAUACGUGGUGAAACUUCACUUUGCUGAAAUAACAUGGCAAGAUAGCAAAGAUCCUAGAGGCAAGGGGAAGCGAGUUUUUGAUGUUGAAAUCCAGGGUGAGAAGAAAUUGACGAAUUUCAAUAUAGCAGAAGCAGCAGGGGGUGUCAAUAAGGAUAUAACAAAGGAGUUUAAUGUUACUGUGAAUAACUCACGGCUGGAGAUUCAUUUAUAUUGGACUGGCAAAGGCUCAACAUUUGGCCCGAGUAAAUAUUAUGGUCCUCUUAUAUCCGCCAUUUCCGUAACGCCUGUUCCAAAACCUAGCAAAAGCAGAUUGCCUGCUGUGGUUAUUGCCGGGAUUGUAGGAUCUUCCUUAUUUUUCGUCACAUUUAUUUUAGUUCUUUUCUGGAAGUUGUGCGGGUUUGGUGACAAAAAACAGCACGAUAAAGGAGUUUACGACUUCCAUGAAAUAAAAGCUGCCACACAAAAUUUCAGCAAUGCAAACAAGCUAGGUGCAGGAGGUUUUGGAACUGUCUAUAAGGGUGUACUUUCCGAUGGGACUUCCAUAGCAGUUAAACGACUUUCAAAGAAAUCAAAGCAAGGAAGCCGUGAGUUUGUAAAUGAAGUUGGUACUAUUUCAGCUCUGAAGCAUCCACACCUUGUCAAAUUAAAGGGAUGUUGUGCAGAACACAACCAACUUCUACUUGUCUACGAGUAUAUGGAAAAUAAUUCCCUUGAACAUGCAUUAUUUGGUUCAGAGGAACUCCGAUUGAGACUAAAUUGGAAGACCCGGGUUAAAAUUUGUUUGGGCAUAGCAAAAGGUCUUGCUUUUCUCCAUGAAGAUUCACAUCUGAAAAUUGUCCAUACAGAUAUUAAGCCAAAAAAAAUUCUUUUAGACAAGGAUUUCAAUGCAAAGAUAUCUGAUUUUGGUUUUGCUAAACUUUAUGACGAGGGAAAGGCACGUGUUACCACCCAAGUAGUUGGAACUACGAUAUAUAUGGCACCUGAGUAUGCCGCCCAUGGUCACUUAACAACUAAAGCAGACGUUUUCAGCUUUGGAGUAGUCACACUUCAAAUUGUCAGUGGGAAGGAGAUUGUAAUUUCCAUAUCGGAUGGUCAAAGUGCCUACCUCAUAGACCGCGCUUAUGUUUUGCAAAGGGAGGAAAAUCUUGUAGAACUAGUUGACACAGCCUUGGAACUCGACUACAACUCUAGGAAACAAGCUGUGGCAAUAUUGGAUUUAGCAAUGAUGUGCAUUAACCCAUCCCAUACACUCAGGCCCAAUAUGUCUCAAGUUGUGAAAAUCCUUGAAGGUAAGAGUAAGAUAAGCCUCUUUCAAUCCCCUCAAUCCGGGAGCACUUCACAGGAAGGAGCAUCAGACACUACUCAAUCUUAUUCUGUCGGAAAGGAAAUUGUAGAAUCCAUUGUAUCUCCCAAUUAUACUAUUGAGACGAUCACCGAACAGAUGGGGAUAUCAGAAAAAGGAGACAUCUUAGCUUCUGAAUGAUGGUUAUGUUGACAAAUAAACUCCAUGUUUUAUUUUUGUUUUGGGAGUUACGUAUUUUGCAUUAUGUUCAUUCGUGUGUUUUGUGUUGAUUGUGUGUAAAGUAAUGGAUGAGUGAUUUUGACAUUGUCAUUGGUUCUGGGUAUAGUAAUGAAAGUGGGAUGUUAAUGUAACGUUGUUUUUCGUCUUGUAUAUUUUAUAUAAUCUAGCCAAUUUGGUGUGAUUGAAUGGAAGGGUUCUAG